GUAAAUUCGUUUACAAAAAGUAGAAAAAUUCAAAAAACUGUCUAAAAGUUUACAAUAUUUGUCAAUUUGCCGCGUAAAAUAGUGCGUCCAUUUUGUGUUGUCUAUUCUAUCGGUUUCUUUUUUAUAAUUGAAGUAGUGUUCCAAAUUUGAAUAUUUUAUGAGUGACCAGUAACAAAACUGCAGAUUUGGAGGCUGCAAUCAAAUACUCAACUAGUGACAUCUUUUAUCGGAUAGCAACAAUGAUGAACUCACUUUCGCUACUCGCCGCUGUCUUCGUGUCGCUACUGUGCACUUUCGCGAGCGCCCAUGUUGCGGACAGUAGAAAAGGAUUAGAUAACAAUAUACAACCUAAUGCAGCCACACCCAAGAAGAAACACUUCAGAGACAUGGUCCGCAUCAGGAACGCUCCUCCGGAGACUGUGCAGCUCGAGCCUGGAUCGCGGCUGGUGCUGCAGUGCGACGUCUUCGGGAAACCAGCGCCGAGCGUGCAGUGGCUGAAAAAUGGAGAGCCUGUUAUGGAUUACGAAUUGGAAAGCAACGACAUCCUGCCUGCUCAUCCGUCAAGCCUUGCGUUGCUCACCAGCAAACUCGUAGUCAGGUCAUCGGCCAACGGUGACGUGUACACGUGUGUGGCGACCUCUGCGCUCAACCAAAAAACUGCUUCUACUACCGUGUUCACUGUUGAUGGAAACGAUGAAGAAAACCUACUUAUUUUAGAGAAAUUGUUCCGUAUGCCUACUAAACCAGUGAUCACCACUUUUUACACGAACAUCUUGCAAGAUAUUGGCUCUGAGGUGAUCCUGCCUUGCCGAGUGGAUAGCAACAGCGAGUCUCAGGUCGUCUGGUAUAAGAACAAUGAACAAGAACUUAUACCUCUAUUUGAUAACUCUAGAAUGCGGGUGCUGCCCUCUGGUGACUUAGUAAUCUCUCCGCUGCUGUGGUCUGACAUGGGUAACUACUCGUGCGUCGCCAAGAACGCGUACGGCAAAGAUACCGUGGACACUUUUGUUUACCCUCUGAAACCGUCCAAAGCAUAAAUGCGCCCAAAACCCAAACUGUUUGACCAGAAAUGUUACCCGCCGAUUAAAUCUCGAUGUUCCUAUUAUUAAGUGACGUUUAAGCAUAACUUAACUUAUUAUUAGCCCCUAAGUUACAAUGUAUACAACAAAGUAAGAUAAGUACUUAAUAUAUUUAAAAAAAUAUUAUUUAAUAAGUUUAAACACACAUUCAGCCGUACUUGUUUAAAAAAAACAAAAUAAUAAUCAAUGCAUAAGUGACUGCAACUUCAGUUUCAUAAGUGAGACUUAUUUUUAUAAGUGAAACGGGAUUUAUUAUUUAUCAUUCAAAAAUAAAAUAAUUGAAUAAAUCGUGGUCGAGAGACUUACAUACAUAAUUAUAUUCCAAUUGACAGAUUUAAAAAAAGAACAAUAUUUUAAUUAUAUUUAUUUUUAUUUAUGUCUGAUUUUAAUACGACUGGAUUUUUAAUAAUAAUUUAAUGAUUAAUGUUUUAAGUUAUUACCUACCUACUAUUAUUUUUGUGAUUUUAUUUUUUAAGAGAUUUUAUUUUGUAAAUAAAUUCAAACAUUAUGACAUUACCUAAUAUAAGUUAUAUUGUACAGUUGGAUAAAUCAGCCAUUUUUUAUUAAAUAUUGUCCGUCUUAUCAUUAAAUUAAAUAAUUUAUGCAAUCUCAUAAUAAAUCUUGACAUUUCUGUGUAAAUUUUGCUUAAAACCAGUGUCUCAAUGAUUUCGCUGACUGUACUUAGAAUAAAUUGAUGUUAAUACAUACGAUCUCUGUGAUUUUUGAAAUAAAUGUUUUAUUAUUACACUUA